AUGAAGAAGGCGCUUGCGUCGUCCUCGCAGAUAUCUGCCAUUCACAAGGCUAACGUUAUGCAAAAGACUGAAGGUCUUUUCCUCAAGGGAAGUCAUGAGGUUGCGGAGGAGUACCCUGAGAUAAACUUCAAGAUUAGUGAGAGAGGUAUUGCACUAAUUGAGGUUGUACAUGGUUCAGCACCUGAUAUUGCUAGAAAGAAUUUUGCAAAUCCAACUGCUUUACUGCUGAGUGGUGUUUUAAUAUUGUGCCAUUUGAAUCUUCAUGACAAAGCGGACCAAAUUCAAAAUGCCAUCCUCAACACAAUUGCAGAAGGGGAGUACCGAACUACUGAUCUUGGAGGCAAAGCAAAGACAACCAAAUUCACCAAUACAAUUAUUGAUCAUCUCUAA